CCCUAAUCACCUGCAAGUCAGGCAGUCCCCAGCCAAGGAGGGGAGAUGUAUCGAGGCGAAAAAAGGUGGAGGACUUUAGAGUAAAGGGUAAGAGGGUGCGGUAUGUAAGGUUCAGGUGGCCAUCCAAGUGGCCGUCACUCACGUCAAAGUGCCUUGGUGCUGGGUGUGAAAUUUCCAAGUUCUGUUUCUCUUUUCCCCCAAUAUCAUAAUCGCUGUUCCCUCCCGACACCCACACUUUCCGAGGAAGAGGGAGGGCCCUUGGGAUCUGUUUUCUCUCGAGUCCUUACUCUUUUGCGCCUCAUAGGUCUCAUAUUCGACACGUGGAGGAGCAGCCCAUUCGAAGAAUUAGCUUGAAAGCCGAGAGAGCCCGUCUGGCCCGGACCGAUCUGGAAAUUGUGCCGGUGGAGACGCAAACAGGAGUUUGGCUUAUUACCCCCCUUGGUCCUGGGUGCCUUCGUAUGACGGCCAUCGUCUCAUUUCUUUGUGUCGCCGUCGGAGUGGGAGGAUCGCUCGGGAGGAAUCUGCUCAGCUGUGCAACCGAACCCUUACCACGAACGAAAGAAACCAACAAGAAGCUAAGCAGCAAAUUGUCAUCUGUGGGACAGGAAACAUUGAGCAACAAUACCAAAAUCGCAUGGAGAAUUGUCGACCUGUCUGGCUCACCAAAACCGCAUGCAUCGAUAGCGCGGGUUGUCAACCUGCUUUGACAAGGUAGUUCCCUCCACAUCCAAAUCCACGAAGCUCUGCCAUAUGAAAAUCCGCCCGGCCAAACCUACGAGCCAAAGCAGCCUUUCUACCCCCAAUGCUUUUUGCUGCUCUUGGCAGGAAGAGGCUUUCGCGAGAAGGAAAAGAAGACCUGGGCUGACCAGAAGGACAGAGGUCGCCGCCGCGCCGGUUCGUCGAGAUGGGGCGAACCUCUAAAUUCACAUUCCCCGUCCCCGGGAGGAAACAGAAACCGCCGUUUGGCCCGAUUGUGUCGGGGCCCAUGUCGAAAGCGCAAAAGAUUCUAGGAACCGCCGAGAUCAACAUCGACGCUCCGCGACAAUGGGAUUCCGCCUCCAACUCCGGCAUCAGCGUAUGCGUAUCCGAAAGCACGGCGACUUACAACCCGAGCGAAAGAAGCCGAGCAGUGAUGCGCCAUGAAGAGGAGGGCAGUUACGCAGGGAAUAAUCGUAGUAGGAACAACAACACGAACGCGCAAUGGGAACAGGAGUCCGAGAUCGUGCCAGCUUUCUUGACGAACCGAUUCGCGCAGCUGAACACCGAAGGCAGCCAGCGAGAGUUUACUACUGAAACAUCAAGCCUCGCCCGACGUGGCUCAAACUCGACCAUCACCUCGUGGUACGACAAGACGAAGAUGCCGCUUUCGAUAUCGCAGCAGACAUCCUCCUCCGCCAUGGCAAAGGGCCUGCCGCAGAAGGCCAACGCCGUCCUCGAUAUUGAAGGCCAAUCAUCGACCAAUGUGCCAGCACCGUUGAACCUGAAAGCCAAGAAGAGGCCGAGUCGACUAGAUCUUGGGCCAUUGUUGUCUCGGGCUAAGCACAACAGCUUAAGGGGCAAGUCCGACCCUCAGGGAACGAGCUCCGUACAUGGACACGAAUACACCAACCGAUCGCCCUCGCUCGCCUCGGUCACCUCACCCAAGAGCACACCACCGCCAAUCCAGCAAAGAAUCGAGAGGAAACUAACGAGAAAGAGCACGUACGACAGCCUGAACUCGACCGGAAGCCGGCCGAGAACAGGUUCCAGCAGCCGCAGAGGCGCCAACGACAUCAGCACGUUGCCCAACCUGUAUGAGCAUUACGAGCAAAUGUCGUUUGACUCAGUCCUGGGACAUGAUGGUCCUUUGGCUGCUGCAUCAACUCACUCUCUGAAUAGUGUCGCUCACACACCACUAAGAUCGCCGUCCACCACAGACCACCAAAGGAGGAACUUCUCGAGGCCACCUCUGAGACAAGAGGGGACGAUGUCGACAUACCAACCUCAAUUCGGACCACUACCAGAGUCUACUGCCACACCAAGCGGCCACCAACAGACGCAGCCCGAUCGCGAUUGCGCAUCAAGCGUUUCAAGUCGCUACACCAAGACGUCAAAAGCCUCCAAACGAACAAGCCAGAGUCUGAACGGUUCUGAUCUGAUGGAGAAGAGUGUUUUGUCGCUGUCCUCAGACUCGGAAGAUGACUUCUUCCCCGACUCCGUCUCGAAGUUCACCGGGGGUUCUCGCAGCAGUGAUGCGGGAAGUUUGGCUCCUUCAUCGCUAAGAUCGACACACUCUCGAGAUGCGCCGUCAUUAGGGCAAGGCUCGAGAAAGUCUGUCAAACAUGCCAGCUUUGCCCCAACAAACACAUAUCUCACCAUCCCUAGCAAAUCGCCGCCCAGCAAACCACCUAGCGUCAACGCGCGCAUGAGUUCGUUACCUUCAACUACAUAUCGGCCCCCGCCAGCUGCGUCAAACCGGACAUCACAAUACUCGACCAUGUCGACAUCAACCACUGACUCACUCAAUAACUCUUUGAACAACUCUCUGAACAGCUCUCUGAACAGCCGACAAAGUCGCGCGAGUUACGGUGUUCAGGAGGCGCGCGUAAUUGCAGUGCUUCCCCCACAAGAAUCACACGCCAACCCGGAUCGUAUGAUGAGCAACCCACCCCAGCGCAUGCUGUCCACAAAGUCUUCUUCUGUCCAUUCGGUCGACCAGCCAACGCCGCCCAUGAGCCCGACAUCAGUAGAGUCCUUUAUGAGUUCCGGCGGUGGCGCGGCCGCGGACGCCAACAACACCGCAGACUCUCGCUUUAUGGCCGUAACCCGACAGGAAGAGAUGCUGCUCGCGGCUCUCCGGAUGAAGCGCGCUCGCAUGCGCGAAUCGAUCCUGGCCGAAUACGAAGACGAGUCGAGAAGUUCUUCCUCCUUCCAUCAGCGCAACUCGUCGCAGGGCACAAUCACCGAGAUGGACUGGCCCGAACCCCCGCAGACCCUGCGUCAUCAGACAUCGGCAACUUCGAACAGCACCAUCAAGGCCGGAUCGCGCGCCUCUGACAGUCGUCCGGCGUCUUUGGUCAGAGGCCGGAGCCAUCAACGCAGCAACUCCCGCCAUCUUGACUUUCCCGCGCCCUCGUCGCAGCCGGUAUCCGGCGCAUCCUCGAGGACGGGCAGCAUGCGCAAGAUGAGACCGGUCCAAGAGACGACACAGUCGAGCGAGUCCUCCAAGCAGGAGCGCAUUCUGCUGUACUUGGACAGGCCGGUGGGCAACGUCAACUCAAUGGACUUUGCGGAGCCGAGCCCGGACCUGAGCGACUUCAUGGACUUUGACAACGUCAGCGAGGAAGACGAGGAGUUCACAAGCAGUAUGUCCAUGUUCCGGAAUCGGGACCACCACCGUUUCACCAUGGGCGCGGUGGGCAACAAAAGCCGGGGACGGAUGCUGAUGACGGGCGAGAGGGUCCGCCACGAGUCUUCGCCACUGAGACCGAGGGGCGACGACGACGAUUUCGGAAGCCGGAGCGCGAGCACGAAGAGGGCGCCGACUACCGAGAUUGUCGAGAGCGAUAGCGACGUCGAGCCGAUGUUUGGUAUCCCUAGGCCGGAUUCGCCCGUGUCGCCUGAGGGGACCCUGGGUCUUCCUCACCAAGGGCUGUCCAAGAAGAAGGCUGUUCGGCUCAGCGCGGUCGGCAACGCGGGGGUUGAAGCCGGCUGGUGGGGGGACGACGGUUGAUCUGUUUGCAGUUGAUCAGGGAAUCUUCUCCAAAACUAGGGAGGUCUUCUUUGUCUUUCUCGUCGUGUGGGAACGAUUUCUGAUAAAUCUUCUUCAUGAUACCCCUGCACAUGAACAAAACGUCUCUUUUCUUUUCUCUUUGUCGAUAACAAGAUCCUCUUGCUGUACAAAAGAUUCUCUUAACGGAUAUAACCAAGACGCGAGGUGUUAUUGGGGCCCAAAGGACGGCGGGAUGGGAUAAUUGUGAUUCGGAACUCUGGAUGAAGCGGGAGGCCAGGGACAUCUUUUGCAUGAGCCAUUUGCAUUUUUGGAUUUAUUUAUUCUUUUUGACCCUCGAUGUAGGGGUUACCCGGCAUUACGCCCAGUCGAAACCUUUUCUAUUGUAUGUAAUACUAUUACAAGGUACUCUUGGAUGGGAGGGAGGAGCGGCGUAAUGAGAGCAUCAAACAACUAGGGGGAGGUAGAGGCCUUCGAGAUGGAGGCCGCUGGCUGAGGAGAACCCAGCAAGGUGUUGUGAGAGCCACAGUCCAAGUCGGUGAUGGGAUAGACCAUCGCGCGAUGACUGAAUACAUAGUCACUC